AUGAGAGAAAUCUUGCACAUUCAAGCUGGGCAAUGUGGAAACCAAAUUGGAGGCAAAUUCUGGGAGGUUAUGUGUGAUGAGCAUGGGAUUGAUCCCACUGGAAAAUACAAUGGAAAUUCUCACCUUCAGCUUGAGAGGGUGAAUGUGUACUACAAUGAAGCAAAUGGUGGCAGAUAUGUGCCUAGAGCAGUCUUGAUGGAUCUUGAGCCAGGGACCAUGGACAGCUUAAGAACAGGUCCUUAUGGGCAAAUUUUCAGGCCUGAUAACUUUGUGUUUGGCCAAAAUGGAGCAGGAAACAACUGGGCUAAAGGGCAUUACACAGAAGGAGCUGAGUUGAUUGAUUCUGUUCUUGAUGUGGUUAGAAAAGAGGCAGAGAAUUGCGAUUGUUUGCAAGGGUUCCAGAUUUGCCAUUCACUGGGAGGUGGAACAGGGUCUGGGAUGGGGACCCUACUGAUAUCAAAGAUCAGGGAGGAGUAUCCAGAUAGAAUGAUGAUGACUUUCUCAGUCUUCCCUUCACCAAAAGUUUCUGACACUGUGGUUGAACCCUACAAUGCCACCCUAUCUGUUCACCAAUUGGUGGAAAAUGCAGAUGAGUGUAUGGUCCUUGACAAUGAAGCCCUCUAUGAUAUCUGCUUCAGAACUCUCAAGCUCACAAAUCCAAGCUUUGGUGAUCUGAACCAUUUGAUCUCCACAACCAUGAGUGGAGUCACAUGCUGCCUCCGAUUCCCGGGCCAACUCAACUCCGACCUCCGAAAGCUAGCCGUGAACCUCAUCCCCUUCCCCCGCCUCCACUUCUUCAUGGUCGGUUUCGCGCCCUUAACCUCUCGGGGCUCCCAAUACUAUAGGGCCCUCACAAUACCAGAGCUCACACAGCAAAUGUGGGACGCCAAGAACAUGAUGUGCGCCGCCGACCCUCGCCACGGCCGCUACCUCACAGCAUCCGCCGUCUUCCGCGGCAAAAUGAGCACAAAAGAAGUGGAUGAGCAAAUGAUCAAUAUACAAAACAAAAACUCCUCCUUCUUUGUCGAGUGGAUCCCAAACAAUGUGAAAUCAAGUGUUUGUGACAUUCCACCAACUGGGUUGGCCAUGUCCUCCACAUUCAUGGGAAACUCAACCUCGAUCCAGGAGAUGUUUCGCCGUGUUUCGGAGCAAUUCACGGUCAUGUUUAGGAGGAAGGCCUUCUUGCAUUGGUACACAGGGGAAGGCAUGGAUGAGAUGGAGUUCACUGAGGCAGAGAGCAACAUGAAUGACUUGGUUUCUGAGUACCAGCAGUACCAGGAUGCUGUGGCGCAGGAUGAGGGAGAUGAGUAUGAGGAGGAAGAGGUGGAGAUUGAGAUGGAGGGGUCAGGAAAAAAAAAAACUGAAAUUUUUUGGGGAUGCUUGGCGAGGAAGAAAUUUGAAUUGAAUUAUGUAUUGGGCUCCAUAAUUUGUGCUUGUGCUUGA